GACGUUCCACAAUUCAAAACAGAGGCAAGUCUGAACAGAUAUCUCAUUAUGUCGUGUGAAGGCCAUAUGCAGUUUGUGCCGAUAUAAUGACCCGCGACAGAUUAUUUUCCUUCAACUCAAAGAAGAGCCCAAGUAUUUUGGACUUCGUGUCUGCACAUUAGUUUUAAAAUAAUUUAGCCUACGAUGUUCGUGCCUUGACAUUUGCGGUCAUACCUGUCAAAAGGAGUAUAUAGCCGCCGGUUCCGAAAAACUCAGUGUGCAGUUAGUUUUUACGAUGCGUCCGGAGGAAGAAUUAACAUCAGCAGCUGCAACUGGCAACACUGAACGGGUGAAACAUUUGUUACAAAGUGGAGUAAAUGGCAACGGAGUAAACGGCUUCCAAAGGACACCUUUACAGGUGAUGAUGAUGGGUAGCACACCUGUUGCAAGGUUACUGCUCGAGCAUGGAGCGGUCCCCAAUGUACGAGAUUGUUCCACCGGGACUACACCCUUACAUGACGCUGCAAGAACAGGCUAUUUGGAGACGGUCCGGCUCCUUGUCGAGUUCCACGCUGAUUCCCAAGCGACCGAUAAUAACAAUUGCCGACCUGUCGACUUGGCACAGUUGAAUGGACAUCAGGAGGUUGUUGAUUUUCUUCUGAGCAUCUGACGGAUUCUUUAGGCUAUUUAUUUACGUUUCUAAUUUAUUGACUACUAAGGCCUGUUAUAGGCAUAGACAAUCGUUUUUUAUUUUCCCUUGACAUUUGCACUAUGGGUUUAUCAGACAACGGUUAGGUGUGCUUCUAUGUGACUAUUUUAGGCUAAUGUGCUAUUUUGACAAUAGAUUGAAUUUGAACGUUUUUCAUUUUAACGUGAUAUUUAAGUAAAAUGGUAAAUUGAAGGGAAAAAAAUGACAUUCAAGAACUCAAAUUUAAUCUUAAUUGAUAUUAUCGAAAUAUGUGAACUGCCUUCCACUCGGGCCAUAAAUGCGGGUGCACAGUGCUUAGGCUACUAAAUGUCAUUGCUGAGGAGUAAUGGCUACAAAUAUGUUUCUUUUGUCUGAGAAAUUAUUGUAGCCUGCAUUUUGUAGGGCCCAUGUGCGUGUGUGUGCGCAUUGGGUUGCUUGUGGGGGAUUACAGCUUUGUACUAUUUUCUUAAUAAUAAUAAUUUUCUUUCUUUUGAAA